GUUGCAUCUUACUUAUUAUUUAUAUAUCCUUCCUCUUCUUGGAGAAGAAAAAGAAGAAGUGAGAGAUAAUGGGAAAUUGUCAAGCUAUUGAUACAGCAACUCUUGUAAUACAACAACCAAAUGGUAAAGAAGAAAGGUUGUAUUGGCCAGUCACUGCUAGUGAAGUGAUGAAGACACACCCUGAUCACUAUGUUGCUCUUCUUAUCUCCACAACAUUAUGCACUUCAAAAGACAAAGAAAAUUGUUCAAAUAAGCGUAGCGACGACGACGACGACAACAACAAUAACAAAGUUCGUAUUACACGUAUAAAACUUCUUAAGCCAACAGAUACACUUUUGCUUGGUCAAGUUUAUAGACUCAUCUCAGCUCAAGAGGUUACAAAGGGUAUGUGGGCAAAGAAACAAGCAAAGAUGAAGAGAAACUCUUUGCCAGAAUCAGCACAAAAGUCAAAUCAGAUUAAGGAAAGGAUUAAUGAUAAAACAGCUAAUAGGUCUGAACCUAAAGAUAACAAGGAAACAAAAUCUGAAAGACAUGAGUCAAGGACAAAAGCAACAACAAAUGGUGGCAAUCAUAACAAUAAGUCAAGAACAUGGCAACCCUCUUUACAAAGCAUCACUGAAUCUGCCAGCUGAUAUGAGUUUUGAAUCUUACUCACAUGUGAUGACUCAAAGGGACAUGAUUGCUUAGAUCUGUGGGAAAUUAAAUUAAAUAUAACACAUUUUAGGGAAGCUAGAGCCUAGAAAUAUAAGAGAUGAUAAAAUUCCCUUUCAGCAACUUGUGGCCUCAUGCAUAAUAAUUGUGUAUAGUAUAAGUAAAAGUUGACAUAUAAUAUUGAACAUCAUUUAAUGUAUUCAGAUAUUACUCUUCAGUGAAAUCAGACUUGUCAUUACCAGUUCAGCAAUCA